AUGGCGGCCGCGCUGGCGGCUCCGGGCGGCGGCGGCUCCGGCUCCGCGACGGCGGGCGCGGCCCGCGGCCCGGCGCUGCGGGAGGGCGCCCGGGUGUCCGCGCUCUGCCUGGCCUGGUACGGGCUGAGCGCGGGCGGGAACGUGGUGAACAAGCUGCUGCUGGGCGGCUUCCCGCGGCCCGUCACCGUCUCGCUCUUCCACAUCCUGGGGCUCUGCGGCCUCCUGCCGCCGCUGCUGCGCGCCUGGCGCGUCCCUCCGGCCGGGCCCGCGCAGCUGCCGCCCCGCGCCUACCCCCGCUACAUCCUGCCGCUCGCCUUCGGCAAGUACUUCGCCUCCGUGUCGGCGCACGUCUCGCUCUGGCGGGUGCCGGUGUCCUACGCGCACACAGUAAAGGCAACAAUGCCAAUAUGGGUGGUUCUGCUGUCAAGAAUUAUAAUGAAAGAAAAACAGACUACAAAGGUGUAUUUAUCCCUGAUCCCUAUAAUCAGUGGUGUUCUGCUGGCUACAGUCACUGAACUCUCUUUUGAUAUGUGGGGACUCAUCAGUGCUCUUGCUGCUACACUCUGUUUCUCGCUUCAGAACAUCUUUUCUAAAAAGGUGUUGAGAGAUUCCAGAAUACAUCAUCUUCGGCUGCUAAACAUACUUGGGUGUCAUGCUGUGUUCUUCAUGAUCCCAACAUGGGUUUUGGUGGAUCUUUCUUCCUUUCUAGUAGAAAAUGACUUGAGUACAGUAUCCCACUGGUCCUGGACUUUAAUGCUGCUCAUAAUCAGUGGAUUUUGUAACUUUGCCCAGAAUGUCAUUGCCUUCAGUAUCCUUAACUUAAUCAGCCCAUUAAGUUACUCUGUUGCAAAUGCCACAAAAAGGAUCAUGGUCAUUACAGUUUCCCUUAUAAUGCUUCGAAAUCCAGUCACCAGCACCAACGUUCUUGGGAUGCUGACUGCAAUCUUAGGAGUAUUCUUGUAUAACAAGACAAAAUAUGAUGCGAAUCAGGAAGCAAAGAAGCAGCUACUUCCAGUUACAACUGGAGACCUUGUGAAUCUGGAACGUCACCGGAACACUCCUGAAAAGUCUCAGAAUGGACUCAUGGCAUUCGCACAACAUGGAGAUUAUCAGUAUGGCCGAGCCAAUGUCUUAACAGAUCACUUCCAGUAUAACAGGCAAAACUAUCCAACCACAUACAACUUAAAUCGAUAUGAUGUAUAGGAUUCUGAUAAGCAGUAUAGACUGUAACACAAAGUUUUCCCCAGCAUUAUCAGAAACUUCUGGCAUGCCCUUGAAUGUAAAGCUGUAGAUUGUAUAGGUUCUUCAGAGGGGAAGAUGCAUGUGUAUCAAAAGUGGUACAGACUUUCAUCUUCAGCAAAGCAAGUCUCUAAACAUGAAGCAAUUAGACAGACACUGGAAAGUAGUGUACAGUAGAAUUCUUGUACAGAGAUUCUGGUGAAAUGCAAGUGUAAAACUCCAGCGUAAAUAUUUGCUGUCAUAUUUGUUUUCAUAAUCUGUCAACUGACUGCCAUUUUGGCAGUAAAAAUGUGGCCAGUAUUUCCUUUCCAUGCUAACAACUUGAUCUUUAACUUGUUUUAAUUUUAUUUUAAUGCUACAUGACUCAUUACUUUCACUUUCUUCAAAAGUUUCAUAAAUUGCAUUUGGAAACUGUGUAUGCUCCUAAUUGGUGUUAGCAGGGCUUGUCAGUUGGAGGAGAGUUGAUUUGUGUGUCUAAAAGCAGAUGUGUAGAUCUGAAUUUCAGUUGCACAGGUUUAAAACUUCAUGUUGAUAUUAAGUACCUGUGUGUCUCUAUUUACAAUGAUGAUCAAACAACAGGGUUUCUAAGCUAGUACUGAGUUCUUGUUCCGUUCAAUAAUCUUGAAGUAAAACUGUUUAGGCACAGAGAACUGAUUUGUCUCUUAUAAUAAUGUGACAUUAGUUAUCAAUAGCAACUGUGAUGGAGAGUUUUCACCUUCUUUGAUUGAAAUAGUUACACAACUUCAUCAGUAGUUAUUCUUUAUCUGACAAUAGAAAACACCUUGCCAAAUAAAAAUUAGUAUUUGGAACAAGGCUGUUCUCCUUUGACCUCUCUGCACUUGUUUUUGUAAAGCUAGCUUGUUGUCAUGCUGAAUUGGGAGACACUUAAGGAUUGUUUUUUCUUUCUCACUUUUUUAAUUGGGAGAAUUAUCCUCCAUCAUAUGUUUCAUGAAUGUGGAUUUGGAUGUAUCACAUCCCGUCUAAUUGUCUACGAAAUCUAUUUCUUGGUCCCCAAUUAUUUUGUUUCUCUUCCCCUAUAGUUCUAGUAGCACUAAGUAUGUUCUGCCUGACUUGUAUGUUCAGAUGAGUUAUGGAAGUUAACGCUUAUACCCUUCUUUCUUCCUGUAGUGCCCCUGGCUUGAAUAAUGAAUUAUUAUGAGAAAUUGUUCUUGAGUCAAGAGUGGAUAUGUAAAAUUGUGAAGAAUGUGUAUUGAAUUUUCUGCUUUUCACUUUUUGCAUAAAUGAAGGUGCUUUAACAAAACAUGAAGUUUUGUUAAUGAGUUAUGUCAGAUACUGUGUGUGAGAUAAAAGUGAAGUCAUCUGAGCUUUGGAGUAUAGAAAACUAUUUUUGGCAAAGAAGAUGAUCUUCAGGCCUUGCCUCUUGGAAGAGGAGCCCAUCAUAUAGUGGGCUGAGAUUCUGGCAGGAGAAGUGCUUGGCGCAUUCUUGCUGAUUGAUCAUUGGACAAACACCAGUGACUGAUUUUAGUAGUGGUGGGUAUUAUACAAAAUACUCCCUCCCCAUGUAUUCUUUUCAUGAAAGAUGAUUGCCUUUUAGAAGCAAGAUCAUUCUGUGGCUCCCUUCUUAAUUAAUUAUUUAACACACUUUUUUUUUCCCCCUGUGAGUGCAAAGCUAAAUCUAUUCCCAGUCUGUUAGAUGCUUGUAGAAAUUCCCAGUGUAAUAGCUUUGUUGAUGUGCGUCAAAGGAGAUAAUGGUGCACCUGAAUCUCUGCAGGCUGAGCCAAAUUCAGUCAUGGUGUAUGAGCAGAACUCCACUGAUGUCUGUGGAAGUGAGUGUGUUCAUGCUAGUAGGAAAUUUGGACUUAGAUGUUUAGUCUGGAAAACUCAUGGUUCAGAAAUCAUUCUGGAGACCCUUCCCACACAACUGUUAAAGUAGAACUGCUUUCAUAGACUCUGGGCUUCAUUUCUUUACAACUGUUAUUUCAUAUUAAUGUGGAAAAGGGAAAAAUACCGCCAGUGGAAAGAUGAUGUUAUGUAUUUCUAAGGCACCCUUCUUAAUAUCGGAGUACCAUUGCAUAAAUGCAGAAGGAAGCAUGAACUUGUGGUUUAAUACUCUGGACUGGGACUGUGGUUCUGUUCCUGGUUCUGCCAUAGACUUCCUAUGUGAACUUGGACAAAUCACUUAGCCUGAAAUUUUCAGAGGACGUUAAGGGAGUUAGAUGCCCAAUUCAAUUACUUUCAAUGGGAGCUGAGUGCCUAACUCCCAUAAACCUGUCUGAAAAUCUCAACCUUGUUCUUGGUGCCUCAGUUCCCUAUCUGUAAAAUGGAGAUAAUUCUUCCAUACCUCAUAGGGGUGCUGUUCUGGGUUACUGCAGUGAUGAAGGCCAUAAAAAGGCGUAGAAAUCCCUCUGAUAUGUGCUUUUCUAGUGUGCCUACCACCGUAGUAUCUUGGUACCAUUUGAAUCAUCCCCUCAAGGAAAAGUAACACAGCUCCCUUCUCCUUUUUUCCUAAGUAGAUGUUUGCUUAAUCAUAUUUAGGUGGCUUAUUUCCUAGAGCAGUGGGUCUCAAACUUUUUUUUACUGGUGACCCAUUUCACACAGCAACCCUCUGAGUGUGACCACCCCUCCCCCAAUAAAUUAACACACUUUUUUUAUAUAUUUAACACCAUUAUAAAUGCUGGAGGCAAGCAGGCUUUGGGGGGGGAGGUUGACAGCUCGCGACCCCCCCAUGUAAUAACCUUGUGACCCCCUGAGAGGUCCUGACCCCCAGUUUGAGAACCCUUGUUCUAGAGAUUGCAACCAGGUCUGUUUUACAACUUCUCCCUUAGAAGGCUUGUAUUGCACCCUCCUAAACUAGCAGGACUUGGGCUCAAUCUCAUCUGUCAGGAUUGUAAUCACAAAUGAGUCCCCUGCUGAGAAUGCCUUGUCCUUGUUUCUCAAAUUCUAAUUUGAGCUCUGGCAGCCUCAGUGUCCCCCAUAAACACAAUUGCUGUAAUGCGGUCCAGUGCAAUGCAAUGGGGGUUCACUCUUGAGAGCUAGGCCAUUGUCCACUUAGGGCUCUGAAGAUGACUUUAUAGGUUUUUCUCCUAGAGGUUACAUGACCUGUGGUCAUGCUUUGCUAGUUCAGGCUGUAUAGUCAGUGGGGAUUAUUUUGUACAAUAGAAUCUUUAGGUGAAUCAUGCUACAGUAAAUUAUUUCCUUGAAUACCUGAACCAAAGUUCCAAAGCAAUUACUGCCUGCAUUCAGGUAAAGGAAGUUUCUGAUAUUGUUGGAACUUGUAUUGUAAUCUUACUAGACAUUGUGAGAUUUUGUUUGGUGAGGUGAAACAUUUGUCUAGUUUUAACAUGGUUUGUAAAUUAAUGGCAUAUUUAACUGUACAUAAGUCUAUAGAAAAUAUGAAAACACAGGAAUAAAAGGGGCAUAUCUAGACAAUCAUGUUUAAUGACCCUGCCAUUAAAUCAGUGAAGAAAAUACUUUUUACCCUCCCCCUUUUUUGGCUUGCUGUACAACUUGAGGGAGUGCCAUAAAUCAGUAAAAAUAUUAGCCAAUUGGGGGACCAGAUUAAUUUUUUUCAAUGUUUUAUUGUGUGUAAUAUGUUGGUUUCAGAUGUUUACACAGAAUAAAAAAAAGCUGGGGCUCUGUAAUUAGUGUCUAAGAUUCAGACAUUAGCUAUUACCGCUUUUUUAAAUUGUAUAUUACAGAUAGACUGUGGAACUCAGACAUUAUAUUGAUGCAAAACUGAGGAAUCCUAUCCAAAAAUACUGGGUAUUACUAAAAAUAAGUGUGCACAAAGAACCCAGGCACUUCUUUCAGCUACCCCUUCAUGUGGGUUUUUGCACUGAGUCUAUCAAGUAACUUGGUGCUGCUAGAAGAUGUUGUGAAAACCUUUCCCUUAUGGACCAAAUGAUGACUAGCCGUGUCCUUAUUUCGGUCAAUGAAACAUUCAGGUGUCUUAUGCAGUUACCUGAAAUAGCUAAACAUUGAUGAAUUAAAUUCUGAGACAGUUCAAUUUAUAGAAGUGCAAGGCUCUUGUGAAAAUGACUUUAGUAACUUCAGGUCAACACUAAGAGUUUUCAGAGUAGCAGCCGUGUUAGUCUGUAUCCGCAAAAAGAACAGGAGUACUUGUGGCACCUUAGAGACUAACAAAUUUAUUAGAGCAUAAGCUUUUGUGGGCUGCAGCCCACUUCUUCGGAUGAAAGCUUAUGCUCUAAUAAAUUUGUUAGUCUCUAAGGUGCCACAAGUACUCCUGUUCUUUUUAGUAAGAGUUGCUGGUCAGAAAAGGUCCCAUCUUUCAGUAAUGUCCUAACCCACCUCUGUCUUCAGUGUAACAGUAAAAGCUUCUGCUAUAAAGCUGUUUGUAUUGCCCUUUAUUUAUAAGUAGAGCCGUUAAUUUUCCAGGGCUUCCAGUUCUUAACCAUGUUAUAAGCUGAGAGGUUAACUUGGUGCUGGUAAGAGCAGUUUUUAAAGUAAAUGAUUGAUUGUGAUCUUAUUUACAUACAAAUAUUUAUAUGUAAAUAUUUAAGAGCAGCUGUAUGGGUGGCGCGUAAAAACCUUCCCCUUCUGUGUUUUUUCCCAUGCUGAUACUUUUUGGAUGAUUUUUUUGUGUUUAGUUUUUUUACCUAUCACAGGAUAAAAUUUGAUGCAUAUGGAAUCUGGCACUUAACAGUAGAGAAGAGUAUGAAUUGCUGUAAAAUGGUUCUUAUUUCUACUGCAUUACUCUGUACUACUCAGUAUGUAACUUAGUAUGUCUGUUUUGUCUGCCUUAGCGGAGGAUUCCCCUCUGCUACUCUGCACAUUGCACAUACCAUCAUUGGUGGUCCAUAUAGGUGAGAGGCUGAUAAGGAGAAAUUGCACUGGUGGCUUUUGAGUGUUGUGGAAUCUGUGGGGAUUUAUCUGCUAUCUAAUUGGGUAGGUUAGAUGGACUUGAGGCCUGCCCUGGAGAUUCUUUCUUGAAUACCCAGUGGUGGUGGUUGUAGCCUUCUGGGUACCUUGAAGGUUGAAUAGUGUUGCAGCAUGCUGGGGAUAUGGUAGACUAGACAGUGGUUGUAAGGGCUUGGAACACUAGAAUCUUGUAGAGAUUGGCAAGUGGAGGUGUGUGGUGUUCUUAGUCUUGAUUGAAAAGUUUCUUGGCAGGUGAAGCCACAACUAAAAUUCUUAAUAUGAUCCUGCAGUGUUCUGUGGAACACUAAGGGAGUGCAGAGUGAUGGAGAAAUGGUGACCAGACUCUUCCUAUUGUUUGGUGUAAAGUCAGUUUCAGUGGAGGUGGGUUGGUCUUGUGAUAUAGUUGUGUUGGGGGAGUUCACCUUUUUUCUUUUGUGUGUCUAUGAACUGGUAUUUUGUGAAACUGGAAAUAUACUGCUGAAAUAAAGGUGGUUUUUUUUUUUUAAAUGUGUAUUAAACUGUGGGAGGUGUCUGCAACUGUAUGUCCCAGAUAAAGAGGUGGAAAAAAACUCUUGGAUCAAGUCCUCAUUAGGUCUUAUAAAAACAAAUGACCAGGUAGAGUUUUAGAAGUUGUUUCUUUCCUAAUAGUUUAGGUCCCCCAUUUAGAUUUUUAUGGUCUUGUUCUGUAGUUCUCAUAUAAACUAUAUCCCAAAAUGCUUUUGAGAAUUACUUAAUGAAGCAGAGGGAGUGGAGAGAGAAAUAAGAGUUGGUGACCAGGGAGAAAAUCUGCUCAACUGAAGUGCGAAGCAAGAUGGCAAGUCAGUGAUAGUUUUUAAAAGGAUUUUUCAAAACCCAACUCAAAUAUAAAUGUUUAUAAUUUUUUAAACUUCAGUUUUGGAAGAGAAUGAAAUACUCACCUGCAGAGUUCGAAACUCAAGUACAAAAAGAUUUUGUAAACAUAUGAGAAUCAUAAAAUGAAACAUCAGUAUAAUUUUAUUGUACAAGCUGAAAUGCAAAAAGUGAAGUGUAAAUGGUAAAAAGCUAUAUUUUUAAUUACAUUUUAAAUAACACAAGGCUUCUUCUUAAAUAUGGCAUGACAGUGUCCCUUUACAGAAUCUGCAUUUUCUUUCUCUGUCACAAUUAUGCAUGUACUUAAGUUUAAUUGGCUCUGUAGUAGGUUUCCUGCAUGCCCAGGUUCUUGACAUCCUGACAUUGUGUAAUAAAAUUCCUGUGUAGUGUAAGUGCUGCUGGUGUGGACUGGUGUUAAGUCACAAAAGCACACUCUCUGUGUUCAAACUAUAGCAUUUUUGUAAGAGUUGAGCCAAGGUCCAAAUGCUGUGGUCACACUAACAAUCCUAAUAUAUACGCAAAUGAGGUGUUUGUUCCUUUAUGAGGAUGCUGAAAUGGGGGAAUAGUCCAAAAAGAUUUGCAAAAGUUUUUGGAUAAGGAGGAGAAGAAACAGACUGGCUCUUAUUGCACAGAUAAGUAUUAAAACAGCUUGUUGUUAGAGGAGUAGGAAUUUUUUGAUCUGUGGAAAAGGCUUCAACUUGGAAAGACAAAUUCAUGACACUCUCUAAAUGGUUAAACUUAGUAUCUAAAAUCUGAACCCUGUGGUAGAGUUCUUAAAUACGUUCCAGUUACUUCAUAAAUGUGAACUUUUUAGUUGUGUAUCCAAUAGAAUUGGUUCAUUUAUGUUAAUAUGGAAAAGUGUAUUCCCCUCCUGUUCUCUGAACACUUCUCUUCUUGGAAUGCAAACAGAAUAUUUCCAGGGAAGGCAUAUUUAAUUGUGAUAUGUAUCUCUCUUCCAAAUCUAAAGUGAAUUUAUUUCAAGUUUUACUUAUGUACAGUAAUUAUGAAUUUUUAGCUUAUGAACUUUAAAGUUGAGAAAAAGUGGUGUAAUUAUACUUUUUAAAUAUUGAAAAUGUAAAUAAAGAUGAAUUCUGCAAAAUCA